AUGAUUUUGGGAAGAUGCUUAUUUUUUAAUUCAACACGUUUAUUAUCUGAGUUUACGAAAAUUUCCAACAAUAAUUAUCGGAGAGUUGUUCACGCGCAAUUACCAGCUAAUGCUUAUCAAUUACAAAGGUGCAGAAAACUGAUAGUAAGAAUGGCAUCGACGUCUCACGGAGAUACUAAAGACAAAAAAAAUAAAUUGGCGCUGGAAAAGUCUUCGUAUUUAUUACAGCAUGCUAGCAAUCCAGUUGACUGGUAUCCUUGGAGUGAUGAGGCCCUGGAAAAGGCCAAGAGAGAAGAUAAAUUAAUAUUUUUGUCUGUGGGUUACUCGACCUGUCACUGGUGCCAUGUUAUGGAGAAAGAGUCCUUUGAAAAUGAUGAAAUCGCUGAAAUUAUGAAUAGAUAUUUCGUUAAUAUCAAAGUCGAUCGUGAAGAACGGCCUGAUAUUGAUAAAAUAUACAUGACUUUUGUCCAGUCAAUUUCAGGACACGGUGGAUGGCCAAUGAGUGUAUUUUUAACACCGGCGUUGAUUCCUAUUAUGGGUGGCACUUAUUUUCCUCCAGUUGAUAAAUUUGGGCAGCCUGGUUUUAAAAAAAUUUUACUGAGCAUCGCACAUAAGUGGCUAGAGAAUAAGCGCGAUUUAUUAAAGUCGGGAACUAAAAUUCUUGAGAUAUUAAAAACAUCUGCUGAAAGUAAACACCCAAGCUUAACCGGCAAAAAUCCACCACCUAAAGAUUGUGGUAAAUUGUGCGUCCAGCAACUAAUAAGAUCUUACGAUCGUGAAUUCGGUGGCUUUUCCGACGCUCCAAAAUUCCCACAGCCGAUUAACUUGGAAUUACUGUUUCAUAUGUAUGGUCGUGAUGCUAAAGAUGAAAUGAAUCAGGAAUGUUUGAGUAUGUGUACACAUACUUUGACCAAAAUGGCUAAUGGUGGAAUUCAUGAUCAUGUUGGUCAGGGUUUCGCAAGAUAUUCAGUGGAUGGAAAAUGGCAUGUACCACACUUUGAAAAAAUGUUGUACGACCAAGCACAAUUAUUACGCUCGUACGCAAACGCAUACAUUGUUACAAAAGACAAAUUUUUUUCUGACGUUGUUGAUGAUAUUGUCACUUAUUGUGUCCGAGAUCUGCGGCACAAGGACGGAGGAUACUACAGUGCUGAAGAUGCUGAUUCUUUGCCGACUGCUGAAGCUACUGCUAAGCAAGAAGGUGCUUUUUACGUCUGGACAAUGGAAGAAAUUGAAAUUCAUUUGGAUAAAAAAAUUCCCGACCGUGAUUUGAAACUAAGUGAUAUUUUUGCGUACCAUUUUAAUGUAAAAGAAGAUGGUAAUGUUUCUCAAAGACAAGAUCCACAUGGCGAGCUGACGAAUAAAAAUGUCUUGAUUGUCUUCGGUAGUGUUAAAGAUACCGCCGAUAAAUUUGAUUUCAGUGUAGAAGAUGUAGAGAAGUAUUUAGCGGAAGCUAAACAAAUACUUUUUGAAGCACGUUCACAGAGACCUCGGCCACACUUGGAUGACAAGAUAAUAACAGCUUGGAAUGGCCUUAUGAUAAGUGGUUUAGCGUACGCUGGUGUUGCAACUAAAAAUAAACAGUACAUACAAUACGCUGAAGAUAAUGCUAAUUUUAUAGAGCGUUAUUUGUAUGAUAAAAAGAAUAAAAUUUUAUUACGAAGUUGUUAUCGCGGUGAUGGAGACAUAAUAAUGCAACCGCAAACUCCAAUACAUGGUUUUCAUGCAGAUUACGCGUUUGUAGUUCAAGGACUACUUGAUUUAUACGAAGCGAAUUUAAAUACCCACUGGCUCGAGCUUGCUGAAGAAUUGCAGGAUAUUCAGAAUGAAUUAUUUUGGGAUGAUAAAGACGGUGAUUACAAUAGCAAAGUUGUUGAAUUACUAAGUUUCUUUGGUGACACUUUAAUGAGAAUGCCUAUCGCAAUUCCUGGAUUAUGUUGUGCUUUAUUGCAUUACUGGGAUACCACCACUCAGAUAUAUAUUGCCGGUAAAAGAGACGCUAAAGACACUGAGGAGUUACUUAGCAUCAUUCGAGACCGUUUGAUUCCUGCGAAAUUGAUCAUACUCACAGACCCCGACGACUCUGACUCGGUGUUGAUCAGACGAAACGAAGUUGUAAGUAAAAUGAAAAUGCAAAAUGGUCGGGCUACUGCUUACGUAUGUAGACAUCGCACUUGCUCUCUACCGGUUGUUGAAUCAAGGCAGCUUGCUGAACUUAUCGAUGAGGAUAAUUGA